AUGAUAUUCAUGACGGUUUACACCAUCGGCUGCGCCCUUACAGUGGUCACGCAAUGCCAACCCCUCAGUCUCAUGUGGGAUCAAAGCGCCAAAGGCACAUGCUGGACCAUCCAGACGAGACAAGCCCUGGGCUUCCUGAAUAUCGUGCUGAACAUCAUCACCGAUAUUGCCUUCUCAAUUCCUAUGCUGUGGGGCGUCCAAAUGAACCGCCGUCACAAAGCGUCCCUCAUCUGCAUCCUCGGCCUUGGUACAUUCGCUACAGUCGCCGCUUUGGUCAAACUAUCCUACCUUCCUCAUUACGGGCGGGAAGGCGACCUUCUCUGGGACUCGCGCGACAUGACCAUCUGGACCGUCGUCGAAUGCAACGUCGGUAUCGUCGCCGGCAACCUCCCCUGCCUCAAACCGCUUUUCCGAUCCAUCCUCGUAUCCACAUACGGCAGCGGCUCCCGCAAGAACUCCCAACCGCGAUAUUUCUCAGACGCAUACGGAAAAGGUACAAAGCAGCGCUCUGCGGUCAAAAGCUACGGUCCUCUUGCAUCGAACAAGACAUCAGAAGGCGAGUAUGCAGGUCAUAGCGCUGCUGGCAAGUCAUACAUGCUCACGACAAUCGAUGCGACGAACAAGCACGCUGGAGAUUUAAGCAGGAGUCCAUCCGGAGGAAGCUCGACAAGCGGGGAACGAGGAAGCACGGAGAGCGAUACGAGGCUGCACAACAAAGCACAUGGAAGCGGUGGAAUGGGCAACAUCACUGUGACGACAAAGGUAGAUGUGACUGAGUCGAUGCAUUCAAACGACAUCUACGAGAGCGGGAGGACGUAUCAGAGACCACAAGCGAAGGAGAUGGUAUGA